UUGCUUUGAUCAUUUGUUAUUACCACUGACCGCUCUCUUUGUUAGAAAACAGCUGAUUAAUUGAUACAGUGCUUAAUUAUUUUAUUAUUUUCAUCAACAGCAACAUAAAUUCUGCGUUAUUAUAAGCGGAUCAUAGACGCAAAUAAUUUCCUAUGACAAACUCAUCAGUUGUUUUAAUAAUUCCGGUAAUUCUGGGAGACAUGAAUGUGAUCACAUGAGCUCAUGUAAUUGCGUUAAAUUAAACGUUACGUUAAUCCGUUUGAACGCGGAAGAACAGAUGACAUAAUCAAAGCCAACUUCAGGGAUUCGAGACAUUUGUCCCGAACACUCUGUCAGGAAUGUCUGGAGAAAAGUGUGACUCUGAUGAUAAUCAAGAUUCUUCUGCCGACUGUGUUAAACAAACUUGUGUUUUCUGUAAAAUCGCGAACAGGGACGAUCCAUCCACUGAGAUAUUGGCGGAAGAUGAGGACAUUGUUUGUUUCAAGGACAUUGAUCCAGGUGCACCUCAUCACUACCUGGUUAUACCAAAGAAACAUAUCCAUAGCUGUUUGUCACUCCAAGCAGAUGAUAUAAAUCUAGUGAAGAAGAUGGCAGAUAUGGGAAGAGAUGUACUGAAAGCCAAGAAUGUCACAAAUUUGGAAGACAUCAGUCUAGGUUUCCACGUGCCUCCUUAUAUCACUGUUCCGCACCUGCACCUCCAUGUUCUAGCACCUUUCAGUCAGUCGUUUAAAUGGUCACGGUGCAAGUAUACAGCCAUCUGGUACCUCACUGAGGAGACGCUGCUUAAGAAACUGAUGGGGGAUAAAAAAAGAAAACAAUGGAGAUGUAACAAUUGCAUGCUGCCUUGUGUAGCGUUGUGAGCCUUAUUAUUGAACAAAAAACCUGAAAUCACAAGGCACUUUUUUUUUUCAUUUUCAUAUUUUAUAUAUAUAUAUUUUAUAUAAUGCUAACAUAUUUUAAAAACUGCUAUGGUAUCCUUAGAACUGAAAAUUACUAUUUAUAACUAAAGUGUAAUAUAAACAGUUACAUUUUUGUGUGAUUAAUUAUAUAUGUUAGUACACAUUUUACAUGCAACAUUGUGAAAGAUUUAUCAUACAGUGAGGCAUGUUUUCUUCAAUGUUCAUGGUCAUAUUUAUCUGAGGGCCACAUCAUGUCUUAAGUGUGCGGUUCUUGGUGUGAAUAAGCUGCUAAAUAAGUCUAAAUCAAGGUAAAUGUGCCAAAGCACUACACAUGCCAGAAACUAAAUUUUAAUUGAAAUAAAAAUAAAAAACUUGAUCCUCUAA